UGAAACCGCAAACGAUGCUCCAAAUGAGGCCUCACCAAUGUCUUCUACAACUUCAAUGUAACAUCCCACCUCCUGUACUCAGUAACUUGAUUUACGAAGGCCAAUGUGCCAAAAGCUUUUUUACGACCCUAUUUACCUGUGAAGCCACUUUCAAUAAAUUAUGUUUCUGUAUUCCCAGAUCUCUUUGUUCUUAUGUAUUUCUCAGUGUCCUACCGUACACUGUGCAAGUCCUACCAAAGUAUAACUUGUCUGCAUUAAAUUCCAUCUGCCAUUUUUCCAGCUGGUCCAGAUCCCAUUGCAAUCUCUGAUAGUCUUCCUCACUGUCCAUUACACUCCCAAUCUUGGUGUCAUCUGCAAAUUUGCUGAUGCAGUUAACCACAUUAUUUCCAAAUCAUUAUUGACAAACAACAAUGGGCUUAGCAACUGUGGCACACCAUUAGUCACAGGCCUCCAGUCAGAGAGGCAACUAUCUACUACCACUAAGCCAAUGUUUACUCGAAUUUACUGCUUCAUUCUGAAUGCCGAACACUGAACCCAUGCGGGACCUUGUCAACUGCCUUGCUGAAGUCGAUGUAGAAAGUAUUCACUAUCUUGCCUUUAUCCACUUUCCUGGUAGCUUCCUUGAAAAACUCUAAGAUUGAUUAAACAUGACCUACCAUCCACAAAGCCAUGCUGUCUAUCUCUAAUUAGUCCACAUCUAUCCAUAUACCUAUAUAUCUGGUCCCUUAGAAUGCAUUCCAAUAACUUUCCCACCGCUGAUAUCAGGCUUACCAGCCUAUAAUUUACUGAUUUUUAAGAGCCUUUCUCGAACAGUGGAACAACAUUGUCUAUCCUCAAAACCUCUGGUACCUCACCUGCUGCUAAGUAUGAUUUAAAUAUUUCUGCACUUGCCCCCUCCCGAAAGGAUCUGAGGGAACACCUCAUCAAACGCUGGGUAUUUAUCCACCCGAAUUUGCCUCAACACAGUAAACACUUCCUCCUCUGUAAUCCGUACAGGGUUCAUGAACUCAGUGCUGCUUUGUCUCUCUCUAUAGACUCUAUGUCUGAUUCCUGAGUAAAUACAGAUGCAAACAAUUCAUUUAAGAUCUUCCCCAUUUCAUUUAGCUCCCACAUAGAUUACCAUUCUGGUCUUCCAAAGGACCAAUUUUGUCCCUUGUAAUGUUUUUGCUCUUAACAUAUCUGUAGAAUCCUUAGGAUUCUCCUUUACCUUGUCUGCUAGGGCAACAUCACACGUUUUUUUAGCCCCUUUGAUUUCUUAAGUGUUCGCUUUCAUUUCUUAAGCUCCUUAAGUACCUCAUUUGUUCCUCCCUGCCUGUACCUGCUAUGCACCUCCUUUUUCCUGAACCAGAACCUCAAUAUCUCUUGAACUGAAGGUUUCCUAAACCUGUUGUCUUUACCUUUUAUUCUGAGAGGCACAUACAAACUCCACUCUCAAAAUUUUACUUUUGAAGGCCUCCCAUUUACCAAGUACACCUUCGCCAGAAUACAGUCUAUCUUAAUCCACACUUGCUAGAUUCUUUCUGAUACCAUCAUAAUUGGCCUUUCCUUCAAUUUAUCAAUUUAGAAUCUCAACCCACAGUCCAGACCUAGCUUUUUUUGAAUUUUUUCUUUGAAGCUAAUCGCAUUACGGUCACUAGAUGAAAAUGUUUUGCCUACACAAACUUCUGUCACUUCCCUUAUCUCAUUCCCUAAUAGCAGAUCAAGCAAGACACACUCUCUCCCUGGGAUUUCUACGCACUAAUUAAGGGAACCUUCCUGAACUCAUCUGACAAAUUCUAUCUCAUCUAGUCCUUUUACAGUGUGGGAGACCCAUUCAAUAUGUGGAAAGUUAAAAUCACUUACUAAAAUCAACCUUAUGUUUCUAGUAACAGCCUGCAAUUUCUCUACACAUUUAUUCCUCUAAAUCUCAUGGACUGUUGGGUGGUCUGCAAUAUAGCCCUAUUAACAUGGUCAUCCCUUUCUUAUUCCUCAGGUCCACCCAUAACUCUUUACCAGACGAGUUCUUCAGUCUGUUCUGACUGAGCACUACUGUGACAAUUUCCCUGACAAGCAAUGCCAUCCCUCACGCUCUGUCACAUCUAAAUCAAUGGAAUCCCAGAAUAUUGAGCUGCCAGUCCUGCCCCUCCUGCAACCAAGUCUCAAUAAUGGCUACUAUAUCAUAAUUUCUGGUGUUGAACCAUACCCUGAGCUCAUUUGUCUUUCCUAUACUUCUUGCAUUGGAAUAUGCACAGUUCAGUACAUUAGUUGACCAUGUUCAACCUUUUGAUUCCUGACUUUGUCUGAGGUCUUGACAACAUUUGUCUCCACCAACUCUCCAAUAUCUGUUCUAGCACUCUGGCUCCCAUCCUCCUGAAACCCCCACCCCACCCACCUGGGCCACACCAGCAAACUUUCCCACUAGGAUAUUAGUCCCCUUCUGGUUCAGGUGCAAACCGUCUCUUCUGUAGAGAAAACUCUUCUGCAAACCUUCCCUGGAAGAGAGCCCAAUGAUCCAAACAUCUGAUGCUCCAUCGCCACAUGUUAAACUGUCUGAUCUUCCUAUUUCUAGCCUCUCAAACACAUGGCACGAGUAGCAAUCCUGAGGUCACACCCGUGGAGGUCUGAUCCUUUAACAUAGCACCUAACUACCUGGACUCACUUUGCAGAACAUUGUCACACUUCCUACCCUAUGUCAUUGGUACCUUCAUUGACCACAGCAUCUGCCUGCUCACCCUCCCACUUAGAAAUACUGAGGACUCGAUCCAACAUGUCCCAAACCUUGGCAUCUGGGAGGCAACAUAUCAUCCGGGAAUCUCAUUCGUGUCCACAGAACCACCUUUCUUUUCCCCUAACUAACAAAUCCCCCAUCACCUCUGCUCACCUCUUCUCCCUCCUUCCCCUCUGAGUCACAGAGGCAGACUCAGACUCUGGUUGGUGGUAACUUCCACUGAACAGUUGAUGCUGGUAGGCUUGGCAUGCAUAAUGCCAUUAAAUGUCAAGAGUAGGUGGUUAGAUUCAGAACAGUACCUCUUUCUCUUAUCAUCACAUUCCACUGCUCAUAUAUAAAAAAACAUGUUUUGUUCUCCAGUACCCUGCAGAACUGGAAUCUGUAUGUUGGUUUAUGAAUUUAGAACUAGUUAAAAAUUCAAUGACUGAAGUAAGUCACUGUUGACUCUAAAUACCCAGUAAUCUGUCCUUGUUAGUCACCAAAUUAACUUUACAACUGCUGCUGGCAAGCGACUUUUUAAUUUCCAAAAGAUCAAAGUUAUGUUAAAAGUAAUUGGUAACUGCAAAACUUCAUUAACUUCUAGAAGAGCAUCAAUCCCUUCAAAUUAUUUAAAGCUUCUCUGCUUGCAAAGUCCUGUUCUGUUUUCUGUAGAAGCAGUAGUUUAUAGAACUUGUACUUUAGAUAAAACCCACCAUAUUUAACAUGGCUAAACAGCUGUCUCCCAGAUUAUUUGCCAUUAGGGGAAAAGUGAUCCAAUACAACCUUUAUUUCCGCUGUUGCCCGUAGUGGAGUUGGGCAGGGCUGGAGGUAGCGGAUGUUGUUUUCUGCAUUUCAACACCAGGUUCAUUGGACUACAUCACAAGGAAAGCACCUGGAAACUCAUGGCCACAGAUGUUUCAGGUGCCUUCUACAAACAAUGGAUUCCUAACACCAAUUUCAACAAUGCCUCAAACUGGGACAAAGGGAAAAUACCUUGUAAAAAUGACAGAGUCCUAUUUCCUAGUGAUAAGCAGUUGUCAGUACUGGUGCAAGCACCACUCGAUUUGAUGGAAAUGUACAUGCCCCUUGAUGGAGAGUUCAUUCUCAGUCACGGUGUUGGAUUUGCUGCCAGUGAUGGUCAGAUUGAACCAGGAUGUGAAAGAGGUGAAGAUAUCACUUUCAAUGAUCCUGAUCAAUAUAAAUGGUAUGAUCCCAAAUAUUGGCAGACAAUUUUAUCAGAAAGUGAGUUGGAAAAAAACAAAUACACCUUUACUUUGGACGACGAAAGUGUCCCUUGCCAAUAUGAUGACGUUGUCUUUCAACCCGGAACAUCUUUCCGUGUGGAUUUGGACGCACAGUAUAUAAAUGUUAAAACUAUUUCUCUAAUGAAUAGGAAAUUUGUUAGCAGUGUAGAUUUUAAUAAUUACAAACAGUCAAACACUGGAAGACUGCAGUUCCAUGGAAAUGCCUCCAUCGCUGUGACCAACACCAAGUGCGAAGAUAAAUCUGGCUGUGAAUGUGGUAAUUCUGAUAACCACAGGAGGAUUUGUUCUAAUUUGCAACAACAUUCCAAACGCUAUUGUGCAGAACUUGAUUGUACAACCCCCUUAAAGCCUCAAGGGCACUGCUGUGAGAUUUGUGGUGCCAUUAUUUAUUUAAAAUACGAUGAUCGGUUUGACCUGGAAUUAUACAGAACACAACUCAUCAAUUUGUUCCUUGGCUUGGGUGACAACAAAGGUGUGCAGAUGUCCAUGACAAAAGUUUACAAAGAACAUUUUUCCAAACAAACUAUUCCCAGUGAUGCAAUUCCCCAUAUCCAGAUUGUUUUAAUUGACAAUGCGACCAAAGCAGGAACUCUUGCCAUUCGAUUGGCCCAGGAGGUUAUGACAGACAUCACUUCUCAAGGUAAUGCAUUUGGGAUUGUGAGUGCUGAACUUCAAAUAAGCACCAACAUUGAAGGACAAGACGGACGCAACAUCAGUACUGGAAAAAUCACAGGCAUUGUGCUUGGUGUUCUUGUUGCUGCCUUGUUAGCCGGAAGCCUGGCGUUCUUCAUCAUUUCAGGAAGAAUCAGAGUCAAAAGUCCAUUGGUUCUCAUCAAUUUCAAGAAUUGUUUUAACUGUGCUGCUGCAGAGACUGUUGAUAAGGGAUUCAGCAAUCCAGUGUACGAUCCACAAGAUUCAUGUGGUCAUUACCCUGGAGAUCUUGCAAUAAGCAUUGUCCCACGUCAAGCAGGGACCAGUGUUAUUACUCCACCAUUUGAUGGACAUGAUUUUGGAGAGCAGGACUGUUGACAUGCUGUCCCAUGCAUGAAUUAAUAUUAAUGUAUUAAAAACAAUUUAACCUGGGAGUCAUCUGCAGGCCAGUGUAUUCCUGUAAACCAAACACGUGGUAAAAUGGUGGUCACUGUUAACUUCAUUUUCAGACCUAUCUGAAUUAAGGCUUUCUCACGUGGUAAUUACACAUACAAAAUACUGAAAAUGCUGUGAACAGGCGAAUUACCAUCGUGUGUAUUGUUCCAGAUUUCCAGCAUCUACAGGUUUUCUCAGAAACAGAAUCAGGUUUAUUAUCAUCAGCAUGUGAUGUAAAAUUUGUUAACUUAGCAGCAGCAGGUCAAUGCUAUACAUAAUCUAGCAGGGAGAAAAAACUAAUAAUAAAUAAAAUAAAACAUAAUAAAUAAGUAAAUCAAUUACAUAUAUUGCAUAGAUUUAAAAAAACAUGCAAAAACAGAAAUACUGUAUAUUUUUUUAAAAAGUGAGGUAGUGUUCAUGGGUUCAAUGACCAUAUAGGAAUCAGAUGGCAGAGGGGAAGAAGCUGUUCCUGAAUCGCUGAGUGUGUGUCUUCAGGCUUCUGUACCUUCUGCCUGAUGGUAGCAGUGAGUAAAGGGCAUGCCCUGGGUGCUGGAGGUCCUUAAUAAUGGAGGUUGCCUUUCUGAGACACCACUCCCUAAAGAUGUCCUGGGUACUUUGUAGGCUAGUGCCCAAGAUGGAGCUGACUAGAUUUACAACCCUCUGCAGCUUCUUUUGGUCCUGUGCAGUAGCCUCUCCACACCAGACAGUGAUGCAGCCUGUCGGAAUGCUCUCCAUGGUGCAACUAUAGAAGUUUAUGAGCAUACUUGUUGACAUACCAAAUCUCUUCAAACUCCUAAUAAAGUAUAGAUGCUGUCUUGCCUACUUUAUAACUACAUCGAUAUAUUGGGAUCAGCUUAGAGAUCUUGACACCCAGGAACUUGAAUCUGCUCACUCUCUCCACUUCUGAUCCCUCUAUGAUGAUAGGUACGUUUUCCUUCAUCUUACCCUUCCUGAUCUCCACAAUCAACUCAUUCGUCUUACUGACGUUGAGUGCCAGGUUGUUGCUGCAGCACCACUCCACUAGUUGACAUAUCUCACUCCUGUACACCCUCUCGUCACCACCUGAGAUUCUGCCAACAAUGGUUGUAUUGCCAGCAAAUUUAUAGAUGGUAUUUGAGCUAUGCCUAGCCACACAGUCAUGUGUAUACAGAGAAUAGAGCAGUUGGCUAAGCACACACCCCUGAGGUGCACCAGUGUUGAUCGUCAGUGAGGAGGAUAUGUUAUCACCAAUCUGCACCAGACUGUGGUCUUCCGGUUAGGAACUUGAGCAUCCAAUUGCAGAGAAAAGUACAGAGUCCCAGGUUCUGCAACUUCUUGUGUCUCUUGUGUGGUAGUGAACACAAUUGGAAAUUACCAAGGUACUUAAAGGGAUAUUUGCUUAGGUGAAGUUUUAAGAUGUGAUGAAAUGUGUUCCUCUCCCUUCAAUCUGCACAUUUUGGGCUGGCUGAACAGAUGAACUGAAUUUUAUGUGACUCAAUCUUAUCCAGUCAAACUUGUGAAUUCACAGUGUAUUGAUUCUUCUGUUUUGUUUGACACUGUAUGUUCUAUGCCAGUCCUACUCUCGAUGAAUAUAACCGGUUUAGAAUUUUGGAUUGAAGUGCGAAGUGUAUGCGUGAGAGAAGAAUAGCAGUAAUAUUUUGUGAGAUACUGUGUUACUCCUCAUUAUCAUUACAAUUGUUAAGGUGAAUUCUCCUGGUUUGGACCUGAUGUAAGCAGAGAACGAAACCUCUUGGUGAUUAAAUUGUGUGCCUGACACAGGGCUGCUCCCUUCUGUGCAGAAAGCCAGGAGGAGGAUUUUGAUAACAUAAUUAUCAUGUCCCGGUUCAGGCUAACAAGGGUGUGUUUUAUUUUGAACUGUGAACAGGUAAAUUAUCAUUGCCUUGAGCGUAUCUGAUUAAUUUGCAUAAACUUUGAUCAAACCUUCAUCAAGACAGAUGGAUCGAUCAUAAUUAAAUGAUAUUCAGGCAGUAAUUUAAAUACAGAUGUAUUUGUAGGUGGACAAAUCAAUCAUUUUAAUGCUUCCAUUGUUUUUUUCUGUCUUC